GGCGCAGCCCUUAAGAGCGGCAGCGGUUUUGGCCGUCCCAUCCCGGGGCGAAGAUGGGGGAAGCAGCGGGAGGCAGCGCGGUGCCUCCGCUACCGCCGUCGGAGGCGGUCGGGGGGCAAGUGAAUGCCCUGACCGUGCUGGCCUUGCUGGAGAAGCUGGUGUCGAUGCUGGAAGCGGUGGAAGGGCAGCAGCGGCAGAUGGAGCAGAGGCAGCGGGGUUUGGAAGGGGCGGUGCGGGGUAUUCAGGGAGACCUGGGGAAACUGUGCCGCAGCCACGGGGCGACAGGGGAAGCGGUGGAGAAGCUGCUGGAGAAGUCGCGGAAGGUGUGCGCUCAUACCCGCGCCGUGCGGGAGCGGCUGGAGAGGCAGUGCGAUCAGGUGCGGCGCCUGGAGCAGCAUCACGCACAGCUCCUCCGGCGGGACCGCUUCAAGGUGCUCAUCUUCCAGGAGGAAAAUGAGAUCCCUGCCAGUGUUUUUGCAAAAGAGCCUGUUCCCAGCAUUACAGAAGGAAAAGAAGAACCUGUGGAUGAGAACAAAACACUGGAAGAAACCUUGCAAACAGUGGAGUUGCACUCAGAUGAUGAAAUGUUUCACGAGGAAGAUGAUUUGGAUGACAGUGCAGAGGAGAAAACAGAAGAAUCAAGAGCUGAGAAACUUAAAAGAUCCAGCCUUAAGAAGGUAGACAGCCUCAAGAAAGCAUUUUCUCGCCAAAACAUCGAGAAGAAGAUGAACAAGAUCAGCACAAAGAUCGUCUCCCCUGAACGGAGAGAAAAGAUCAAGAAGUCGCUUACUGUACAUCACCAAAAGUCCUCUUCUUCAAAGAGUUCAGGUUUCAAAGUAUCACCCCUCAUGUUCAACGUGAAGAAAGUCCGUGAAGGAGAAAGCUCUGCUGAAGCUGAGGACAGACCAACAGAAACUGCAAGCAAUGACCAAGCUGAGAAUGAGGAUGAAGUGUCAUUCACCAGCAUGCACUCAGAUAUGACCCCUACCACUUCACUGACCGAGGAGGGCAAAGCAGUAGCUGAUACUCUGGAGAAGGAAGCAAGAAUGGAAGGGAAUGCCACCAUGAUGAACAACAACAUCGAGCUGUCCAUUGUUGAAGAUGAUGAAGAGUAUGGGGUGCCUCUACAAGUUUCUAGCCAGAAACUCUAUGAUGAAAGAAACAACCCAGUUGGCGCAGAAAUGGAACAAUCUGAUGAAGAAACGACCCAAGCAGCUGUCUUGCAGAUAGACCAAACAGCAUAGUCAAUCUGAGCCUUCUUUCUCCUUCCAGAUACACAUGGUUUUACUUAGGCGAGUAACUGGUUUCUGCUACACAGGCGAUAGUAGCAAUUCAGUUUCUUCCAUCCUUUUCUCUGCAGUGGUAAUUAUUGCAUUGUUUUGGAAUGCAGAGUGAACAAGGUCUAUGACAUAGGCUGAGGCUGCAACAUGCUCUGUUUUAGGCCAAAUCACUGGUGUUUAUUAAGUUAGAGAUGCUGCCAGCUGGUGUAAGAGACUGGCAGGAAAAGAGUAUGUGUAGUAGAAGCAAGCUGGUCAGCUGGCUUUCUUAUAGUUAGGUCAGAGGAAUGCGUGGAGAGUAGACAAAACCCAAACAUUUCUGGUUUUCUUCUUUCUAAGUAUUUUACAGCACUGUGAGUAGUUUUGCAUGUGAAUGUAGAAAUACCAAUGAGGACAUUUGAUUUCGGUUUCCUUGCUAUACUCCAUGAAUACAAACAGCCUCAGUAACCGUGCAUACACGUAUAGUUUGUUUGGGGCUUUGCUCCAUGAUGCUGUAAGACUAAAAGAGCAGAGUGCUUAGAAGCCGAGAAGUUGGUUCCAUCCAUUUCAGUAGGGGAAAGGUUUUUACCAGUAGUCUCUUGCUAUUUCACUUAGAAGAAAUGACUGUGUUUAGGUGGAAAUCAAAAGUUGUUUUUCAAUCUACCAGAGUUACGGAAGUACGCUAGUGACAAGCAUGAAUGUAUGAUCGGUUACUGUACCUCUACGGGAUCAGAAAUUGAAAAGGAAAAAUAUCAAUCAAAGGGAUUUGAUGGAAAUAUGGAGAUAGUCGGAAGAAAGCAUGUGAUGCUAUGAAAUGUAUAAAAAGCAAAAAAGAAACACCCCACAAUAUUAAAUCUAUACACCUAGCUUAAAGAAUAUAUACUCAGAUAACACUAAUUCUUAGUCUUUAUAGCGAUAUACUAUCAAACUUUGCACAUGCACAACUUCAUAUCUCAGAGUAUUUUGAAAAUAGCAUAAUUUAUCUUUUUACAAAUUAUUUCCUAUAUAGAGCUAUAUUUACAGAGAAGAGUUAGAUAAUUACAGGGAUGUAAGGACAAUUUUUUCCAAAAGGUGAAACACUCACUUAGGCAUGUCUAAAGGGAACAAUGUGUUACAGACUGAACUUCAUGGCAGGGAUGAGUUUACAUAAGGAUGAGUCUGCAAAGCCACAGGAUUUGAUUCUCUGCUAAUAACUUUCAUCAAAGCCACCUACCUGCUCUCAGAAUUACAAGUCUGUCAUUUUUCAGAAUUAAUUGAAAAUGAGAGGUUACGGGGUAGCUUUUUUGCUAUGAAUGUUCAUUCCUGUCACUUAACAAAAGGUAAGGGGGAAAAGGAGGAAAGGGAAGCACAAUACCUACAACAGUUACCUUACAUCCUUGGUUGUUUAUGCAGUGGAUUAUUUUUUAUUUUUUAUAUACAUAUAAAACUCUACUGAUACUUAACAUUGCACUAAGAGGCUGCUUCAUUCAACUAGCAUUUAGAAUCACAAAUUACAGGGGAAAUAAAAACUACAGCAACAAUACCAUUAUGAAAUGAUUAGCAGGUAUUACUCCACAGGGUUAAUAUCUGUAACCAGUAAAUCACACUGGAACUUAGCCACUAAGAGCUUAGUGUAGGUAAGAACUAUUAAGAGUUAAGCUCUUAAGUGUGUGGUAUCAUAUAGGUGAUACUGUUUGUGAGAGAAAUCAUGGCAUAACUUGUGCAGCUAUAUUUUGUAUUAACUACAAUGGAUUUCCAUCAUUUUUACUUGUAACUAACUACAACUAUGACAAAUAAAAGCAUAACAUAAAACA